CACCCGCAUGGCAAUGAGCAUCCAAUUUGACUUAGGCCUGCGUUAUCUUUCUUUUUAGACAACGGACACCGAUUUGAACGGUGUUGCGCUGUGAGCGAUUGAGUGUGACGAGUCCGUCCAUCCUACUUUCUUUCAUUAUUCAUUGCAGAAGCAAUUUGUGUUUUCCUCCUCAAGUGCUUCUGAACGUCUUACUUUGUAUUGUUUAGUUGUCUUUUUUCUUCGUGUUACUUCUCUCUAUCCGUACCCCUUAGUGCGGAAUUGCAGCUGUUAUUUUAGAAUAUCUGCCCUUGCAUUCGUUUCUCAUUUAUUCCCACUCAUCUCAAUUUACUGGACGCUGAAAUGGCAAACCAUUCUAAAGAUGUGCAGGAGAAAGAACCAUCCAAUGGUGCGAUUUCUGCGAAUCAAGCCGACGCUGUUGACGAGAAGUCUAGUCAACUCGUUGUUGACGUGAAGAAUGACAUUCUAGAACGGUACGCUCCGGAAGAGCAAACUAUUCUGAAGGAACAGGUUGACGACCCUGCCGAUAGCACGUUUGGCUACAAGCGUAUUUUGCAGUAUGCCGACAAAUGGGAUCGCUUUCUGUACGUUGUCGGUGUCAUUACCAGUAUUGUCACAAGUCUCGGUGUGCCAUUAAUGACUGUCGUUUCAGGUUCAUUGGCCGAAUCCUUUACUCAUUUUUUUGUUGAGAAUGAUGCAAAGGCCUUUCAGCAUUCUGUCAACCAUUUCUGUUUGUACUUUAUUUAUAUUGCCAUUGCGGUUGGUGUCUGCUCUUUUUUCUAUGUUAUGACGUUCACUAUUGCCGCUGAGCGCGUUUCGCGGAGAAUUCGCAGUGUUUAUUUGGAAGCCGUGUUGUCACAAAAUAUUGGCUACUUUGACAAGUUUGGCCCCGGUGAAAUGACAUCUCGCAUCACUUCGGAUACCAACAAAAUCCAAGACGGUAUUGGUGAGAAGGUUGGCAGUGUCAUUUUUGCCGUCGGCACGUUUGUGUCUGGCUUUGUAAUUGCAUACAUUCGCGCUUGGAAGUUCUCUUUGAUUCUCAGCUGCAUCUUCCCUGCCCUCAUGAUGGGAAUGGCUGCCGCUGUUCCCUUUCUUUCAAGAUUCACAACCGCUCAAAUGGCUGUUAACGGCGAAGCUAGUUCAUUUGCACAGGAGGUUUUCUCAAAUGUCCGCAAUGCCUUUGCCUUUGGUACCCAAAAUGUGCUGAGUGGAAUGUACCGACAAACGCUUGAAGCAUCGAGAAAGAUGGGUUUGAGAAAAUCUAUUGUUUUUGGCUUUUUGUUUGCCUGGUUUUUCUUCGUGGCUUACAUGGCUUACGCUCUCGCUUUUUGGGAGGGAACUCGUCUGCUGGUCCAUGGUGAGCUGACUCUCAGUCAAUUGAUGUGUUGUUUCUUCUCGGUUAUCAUGGCUUCGUACAGUAUUGCUGGUAUCAACCCUAAACUCGAAGCCUUUUCUUCUUGUGCUGCUGCGUCAAAACAGAUUUUCAGCACGAUUGAUCGUGCGAGUCCAAUCAACCCGUUGGUUGAUGACGGUGCUGAAUUGACAAUUGAGCGCGGAGAGAUUUCACUCCAUAACAUCAAGUUUGUAUAUCCUGCUCGUCCGGAAGUUGUUGUGUUGGAUAACUUCUCGCUCAACUGCCCAGCUGGUAAAAUUACCGCCCUUGUUGGUGCAAGUGGUAGUGGAAAGUCUACAAUUAUCGGUCUUGUUGAGCGCUUUUAUAAGCCGCUUGCUGGUCAAGUGUUUAUUGAUGGUCAAGAUUUGAGUACCAUUAAUCCCAAGUCUUUGCGAAACCACAUUGCUUUCGUGCAACAAGAGCCGACCCUUUUCUCUACUACUAUUUUUGAAAACAUUGUGUAUGGUAUUCCCCCGAUGAGACUUGAAACUCUCAACGAAGAGCAAAUUAAGGAACUUGUCUAUGACGCUGCGAAACUUGCCAAUGCUUAUGAUUUCAUUAUGGAUCUUCCUGAGAAGUUUGAGACCAAUGUUGGCCAGAAAGGUUUCCUCCUUUCUGGUGGUCAAAAGCAACGUAUUGCUAUUGCUCGUGCCGUCAUUAGUGAUCCUAAGAUUCUUCUCCUUGAUGAAGCUACUAGUGCCCUUGAUUCAAAGAGUGAAGUUAUCGUACAAAAGGCUUUGGAUAAGGCUUCUGUUUCCAGAACUACUAUUGUGAUUGCCCAUCGUUUGUCUACGAUUCGCAAUGCCGACAACAUUGUUGUCAUGGAAAGUGGUGAAAUUAAGGAACAAGGCAAUCACGCCGAGUUAAUUGCAAAGAAUGGUAUUUACUAUCGACUUGUGAAGGCUCAGGAAAUUGAGAGUGAACGUGAAGACGAGCAAGGUUUUGAUUCUGACAGCGAUGAUUCUGUCAAGUCUCAGAAGAAGGAUUGGACUCAUGCUAGUGCAGUGACGCUUCAGAAUGUGGGCUCUACUUCUUUGACGAAUGUCCCAGCCGGAAACAUCAGCACCGAGACGUUGAAUGUUUCCAAAAUGGGUUUUAUUGCGUGUAUUACUUACCUUUUGUCAUUUUCUCAAGGUAAUGAGUAUGUAUGCAUCUUCAUUGGAAUCUGUGCAAGUAUUGUUUGCGGUGGUGCUUAUCCCGUUACAGCUGUGAUUUUCAGUCAUUAUCUCAAUCUCUUUACGGAUCUUACCAAACCUUUCACGCACCGUGCAAAUAUGUAUGCCGUUUACUAUAUCAUUCUUGCGGUGGUUCAGUUCGUCGCGUAUUUCUUCAGUGGAGCAAUGAUGGGUUCUGUUGCAGAAAUCAUUAUGUACCGAAUUCGGGUUCGGCUGUUCCAUACCAUUCUGAGACAAGACAUUGAGUUCUUUGAUCGGGAUGAAAACAACACCGGAAUGCUCACAGCUUCUCUUUCGACACAAGUUAGCGAUCUUAUUGGUCUUAUCGGUCAAAACUUGGGAACAUUCUUCCAGAUUGCGACUAACGUCAUUUCCGUGUCUAUUCUUGGAUUGGCAACUGGCUGGAAGCUCGCACUCGUUACCUUGGCCACUUCUCCCGUUAUGAUUCUCUCUGGUUAUUACCGUAUUCACUCUCUUGAUAAAGUGCAAAAGAUUUUGGAUGAGGCUUAUAACACGUCUGCCUCUUUUGCAUGUGAAGCAAUCUCGGCGAUCCGCACUGUGGCUAGUCUCACAAGGGAGGGGGAGGUACUUCAACAUUACAGGGAAACUGUGUCUGAGCCGGCACAUUCGUCCUAUGUUGCCUCUGCCUAUUCUGGUUUGUUUUUUGGAGCCAGUCAAGCCUCGCAAUUUUUGAUUAAUGCUCUCACCUUUUGGUACGGUGCCACUCUGUUGAAAACCCACGAGUAUACUGUUACUCAAUUUUACACAAUCUUUAUCGCCGUUGUUGUUGGUAUUCAGCAGGCUGGUCAGUUCUUUGGCUUUGCUGCAGAUAUUACGAAAGCAACGGCCAGUAGUAACGCGAUUAAGAAGCUGUUUACUCAUUAUCCAAAGAUUGAUAUUUGGAGCGAUGAGGGCCUCAAGGUCGAGACUAUUAAGGGCUCAAUUGAGUUCCAAGAGGUUCACUUCCGUUACCCUACUCGUCGUCACGUUCCUGUUUUGCAAGGUUUGAACUUGAAGAUCUUACCUGGCCAGUACGUUGCCUUUGUCGGCGCUUCUGGUUGCGGUAAAUCGACUACGAUCGGUUUGAUUGAGCGUUUCUAUGACUGUGAUGCUGGAUGUGUGCUUGUUGACGAUGUUAAUGUCCGCGAGUACAACAUCAACAACUUCCGUAGUCACAUUGCGCUUGUUUCCCAGGAACCUACGUUGUACCAAGGUACUGUACGUGAGAACAUUUUGCUUGGAAUGGAACGGGAAGUCAGUGACGAAGAGCUCUUUAGGGUUUGCGAGGACGCAAACAUUCACGAAUUUAUUAUGACUUUACCGAAUGGUUAUGAAACUUUAUGUGGACAAAACGGAUCAGCAUUCUCUGGUGGCCAAAAGCAACGUAUUGCAAUUGCGCGUGCCCUUAUUCGCCAACCAAGAAUUCUUUUGUUGGACGAGGCCACUAGUGCCUUGGAUAGCAAGAGUGAAACUGUCGUGCAAGAGGCUUUAAAUAAAGCCUCUAAGGGACGUACAACCGUCGCUAUUGCUCACCGUCUUUCUUCAAUUCAACAAUGUGACCGGAUCUUCUACUUCGAAGGCGGUAAGAUUGUUGAAGCGGGUACACACCAAGAAUUAAUGCGGCUGAAAGGAAAGUACUUUCAGCUUGCUUCGGAACAAGGUCUGGGAGUUAAUUAACUAUUUGGUACUGUUGAUGAUAUAUAAUGACUGUUUAUGCCUACUCUUCUCAAGACGGUUGUUGGCGUUUUUUAAACUAAUACUCUGAUAAUUCCUACAACUAGAUAAAUUGACAAUACUAUGUGCUAUAACGGAAACUGGAGAUUGUACUUGAAGGUUGAAAACUUUUGAAACAAGUCGUAGCACCUGUAGUUUUGUUUGUUAAUUAAUGGUCAAUACUCCUUCUGAGAAUAAGC